AUGGCCACUAUACAGACUGUGUGGGGCAUUCGGAGGGAUGAAGGUCCCAGUUUCAGGGAAGAGCUGAAUUUUGCCUUUGCCAGCCGCUGCUCUGUCCCCCAGUACUCUGGGAGACAGGCUGCUGAUUGCCCAGCUGUCUCUGUCCCCUGCAAGGUGCCCCCGUAUGUUUUCUUCUUCAUGUGCUGCGCCUCUUACCGCAUCCACUCCAUCUUUGUCCUGCGGCUCUUUAACGACACCGUCGCCAUGGCCAUCCUCUUCCUCGCCGUCAACCUCUUCCUGGAGGAGCGCUGGUCUUGGGGCUGCCUCAUCUUCAGCCUAGCCGUGUCAGUGAAGAUGAACGUCCUGCUCUUCGCUCCUGGACUUCUAUUCCUCCUCCUCAAACGUUUCGGUCUCCUGGGCUGCAUCCCCAAGCUCUGCAUCUGUGCCCUGCUCCAGGUAAUUCUGGGGCUGCCCUUCCUGCUGGUGAACCCCGUGGGGUACCUCACCCGCUCCUUCGACCUGGGUCGCCAGUUCCAGUUCAAAUGGACGGUGAACUGGCGCUUCCUCCCAGAAGAGGUUUUCCAACAUCGCGCUUUCCAUACCACACUGCUCCUGGCUCACCUGGCUGGCCUGGGGCUCUUUGCCCUCCAUCGGUGGCACAGGUCCAGAGAGAGCAUCCUGGCUCUGCUAAAGGAUCCUGCCGAAAGAAAACACCCAUCCCAUCCCUUGACCGUCAACAAGAUUGUCUUCAUCCUCUUCUCCUCCAACUUCCUGGGCGUCUGCUGCAGCCGCUCCUUGCACUACCAGUUUUACGUGUGGUACUUCCACACGCUGCCCUACCUGCUCUGGUGCACCCCUACCGCCAAGCUCGCCCACAUGCCCAAGGUGCUGCUGCUGGGUGUGAUCGAGCUCUGCUGGAACACCUACCCCUCCACAGUCUGCAGCUCCCUCUCUUUGCACAUCUGCCAUGGCCUCGUCCUGCUCCAGCUCUGGUACGGCACGGCCCCCCUGCCGGCCCCACACAACCCCCAGCCUGGCAGGAGGCCCACACCGCUCUCCAAGAAGGCACAGUGAGAGCCCAGCGGGCUGGACAAUGGGAACUGGGCCUGGGACUGCCCCUUCUGCCUCACCUUUCCCCACCCGGCUCCUAGGCUGCCCUUGGCCUUCCCAGGAGGGCCAUGAGCCCUGGAACUGCUUGAAGGGGGCAGUUUGGGGACUUCCCAGCAAUGCCCCGAUGGGCAGGACUUCUCCAAUAAAGGGGCUGCGCAUGCCCUU